CAAUACCGGAAAUCUGACUUUCAUCGAUAAAAAAUAUUUUUUUAUGAGAGUUAAAAGAUAAAAAAAUGACUUAUGUACAGUUUAUCUUUUUAAAGAUUACAUGGCAUCCAAAUCUUACUGAUAUUAAUCUACCUUCACCAAAGAAGAAGUUCAAGGGUUACUACAAAAUUGCACGCCAUUACAAAUGGGCACUCGACCAAAUAUUCCACAAAUUUAAUUACACAGCUGUGAUCAUUGUUGAAGAUGAUCUUGAAUAUUCACCUGAUUUCUUCGACUACUUUUCUGCCACCUACCCAAUACUAAAGGCAGAUCCUACUCUAUGGUGUGUGUCAGCCUGGAAUGAUAAUGGUAAAAUUGGCAUGGUAUCUGAUGAUCCAGAAUUACUGUACAGAUCAGACUUUUUUCCUGGAUUGGGAUGGAUGUUAGAAAAACAUGUCUGGCUUGAACUUAGUCCAAAAUGGCCAGAUUCAUUUUGGGAUGACUGGAUGAGACAUCCAGACCAAAGGAAAAAAAGAGUUUGUAUACGACCAGAGAUUUGUAGGACAAGCACCUUUGGUAAAAAGGGGGUUAGCAAGGGAUUAUUUUUUGACAAACAUUUAAAAUUUAUAAAGCUUAAUGAGAAGCCAAUAGACUUUACCAAGAAAGAUUUAACCUAUUUAAUACAAGAAAAUUAUGAUCCAACAUUCCACCAAACAGUUUAUGGCACACCGUUAGCUUCUGUGACAGAUGUGGUAGCAUUGAGGAAGAAGUCACUUCCUGCUUUACGAGUUCAGUACUCAACAAAAGAAGAAUUUAAGUCGGCAGCUAAAACAUUAAAAAUAAUGGAAGAUUUUAAGGCUGGCGUACCUAGAGUUGCUUACCACGGUGUUGUUAGCUUUAUGCGUUCCGGUCAAAGAAUUUAUUUAGCCCCUCCGGAAGGGUGGAAAGGUUAUGACACAUCCUGGACGUGACAACUGCUGAACUUAGUCAUUUAUGUACAAUUGUGUGCGUCUACCAUAAACAGUGAUUGAAAGAGUUAUUUUAGUUACAUACACGUAGUUUUGUUUUUGAGCCUGAUUGGUAAACCUUCCUAUUUUUAGUGGUUAGGAGAACCACCAUUUUCAGACCACAGCUGCCAUGUCUAUUACAUGAAGUUCUGUACUCCGUGUGUAGUAUCUAUUACAUGAAGUUCUGUACUCCGUGUGUAGUAUCUAUUACAUGAAGUUCUGUACUCCGUGUGUAGUAUCUAUUACAUGAAGUUCUGUACUCCGUGUGUAGUAUCUAUUACAUGAAGUUCUGUACUCCGUGUGUAGUAUCUAUUACAUGAAGUUCUGUACUCCGUGUGUAGUAUCUAUUACAUGAAGUUCUGUACUCCGUGUGUAGUAUCUAUUACAUGAAGUUCUGUACUCCGUGUGUAGUAUCUAUUACAUGAAGUUCUGUACUCCGUGUGUAGUAUCUAUUACAUGAAGUUCUGUACUCCGUGUGUAGUAUCUAUUACAUGAAGUUCUGUACUCCGUGUGUAGUAUCUAUUACAUGAAGUUCUGUACUCCGUGUGUAGUAUCUAUUACAUGAAGUUCUGUACUCCGUGUGUAGUAUCUAUUACAUGAAGUUCUGUACUCCGUGUGUAGUAUCUAUUACAUGAAGUUCUGUACUCCGUGUGUAGUAUCUUUUUCAUUGUCUGUUAUGUACAAUGAACUAGGAAUCCAUGAUUUGAAAUAAAGCUAUGGUAAAAUUUAGGCAGUAAGUGUUACCCUGUUGGGUAGUUGGAGAUGGCAAAGUUUGCAUCCGUAUAAAUGUUUAUUUAUUUUAUCAGGUACCAAUUUUCAUUUCUAAUGUUAUCUGAUUACUAUAUAUAUAUAUAUAUGCAGCUCACAAGUAAAUAUAUAUUUGUCUUAUUCACCCUUUUCCAUUUUAUAAUCAGUAUAGUUAAGAUGUGACAUGAAUUCAUUUAUAUUCUUGGAUGCCUAUUAUUGUGGAUUGAGUCAAUGCAGUAUUAGUUAAGUAGCUCUACAGACUAGUUAGUAUGCUGUUCGUUUUAUACCGGUAAAUACAGACAAAGACUGAACAUAUUUACUGCAUAAGAAUAGUAUAAAGUGGUCUAAAAUCAGUCCAAUGGAUGUUACUGAAUUUUUACUGAAUUACAGAAGAAGGCAUAAUAUUUUUUACAUGGUCAUUUCAGUUAAGUUAAGUAAUGCCACUAAAUUUUAUUGUUUUAUUUGAAGUGAGUUGAACUCUUUACAAGAAGGCAUUUUAACUUUGAUGAUCAGGGUAACCACAAAUUUAAAUGUACAAAUAAGGGUUUUAAUUGAAAUAGCGUUUGUAAGAGGAAUUUGGCAAACAGCAACAUCAAACAUCAUAGAACAUAAAAGCAUGUGUCUCAAUCCACUAACAUUAGUAUCCAAGAAUAUAAAUAAAUUCAUGCUAUCUUAUUAUCUGCACUAUAUUUUUUGCACUUCAGCUAAUGAUUAUUUUUGCAAUCCACCAGUCCAUUGUAAUAAUUGGUUUGUAGUUCAUUCCCUUUAAUUAACACAAACUUUUAUAUUUAAUAUUUAUGUUUGGAAGUAAAACAGUUGUUAUUGUAUGAGUGAAUUGUUAUGUUUGUUUUCUUUAUGAUUUGUUGUAAUAAUGAUAUAUCUGUAUCGUAUAGAUUGGAUCUUGUUAGUGAUAAGUUAUUGUAUGAAGCUACUUGAGUGAUCUGAGCUUUCUGAGUGAGAGUAUGAGAAUGUAUGUAAUCAUGAGUCAUUUCUGUUGCCUUGGGAAGCAGCAAUAAACAGAUUUUCAUUUAGAAUGUUUCUUGGCUACCCCCUCAAUGAUAUUGUUGCUGAGAAAUACCAUCAAUAAUCUAUAAUUCCAUCACAACUAGAAAGUGGCAAUGUUAUUUUAUUAUGUUAUCUGUCAAUCUGUGAUUGAAAAUUUUUGUAAAGAAAUCCAAGGAAUUUUUUAUGCUACAAUUAAUCUUGUAUUGUUAAAUUAUGUACUUGAAAUUUUUUAACAAUUAGCGGUUGUAUCCUUACUAUUAUGAAAAAAGUGAACAGAUAGAAAUUACUGUAACUGACAUUAACAUCAGGUUGCAAGAAUGUUUUUGAAAUUAGAUAUUUUUUCUAAUAAUGAUUCACCCCAAAAAAAUGUCCUGUUUUAUUCAUUCAUACAUAAAAGUCACAUGCACCUUUUCAUUUCAUACAUACAUUAAACUGUGUCUUGCCACCGAGUUAAUGACAUAAACAGUACCACCAUUUCUGCACCUGUAACACAUUGCUAUCAUUAAUGUCUCUUCAGGGCCAAAAUAUGGUUAAAUCCAAAACAAGACCAAAAAUAUAGUCAAAGUCAGGUAACAAAUCAGAGAAUCAAAGCUUUGCAUUGGGGAAAUAUAGUCCUUAUUUUGUAAUAAUUUCCAAAAUUAUGUAACAGCAAUUCUUACAACACUAAAUCCGUAUUUUGAUGUAGUUAUCUAAGUUCUGGGUUAGAGGUAUCAUUACUGGUAUUAACAGUAUAAAGUCUUCUGAGGUAGAUACUUGUUAGUACGAAUAGAAUGUUACUUUAGUUAAAACUCAACAAUGACAUAUGUUUUAAUUGUUGAUGGAAAUCUACACAUUGUUUUCCUGAUAACUUACCUAUAACAUUCCCAAUUGUAUGUACAUAUGUCUCUCUGUGAUCAUCAUGUGAUUGUCAUGUGAUCGUCAUGUGGCAACAAGAAAGUCUCAAUGUGAUUUUACUGACUAGGUAUAUCUUAUCAGAAAUGUAAUAAAUUUUCAAUUAAACAAUGUUGUAACUAUAAACAUCACCAUGACAUGUAUAAGAUAAUUCUUACACUAGGUGAAAGUUGGUUAGAUAAUAUUAAAUACAAUUUGUAUACUCAACAUUUGAAAAAAGAAGCCAAAUGUUUUGAAAAGAUUGACAAACUGAAGUAUGAAGUAGGUUUUAUAGAACUUUUUGGUUUUAUGGCACUUUUGGGUUUUGUGCUACAUUUGAACUUGAAGAUCUAGAUGAAAUCAAUUUAUAUUAAUUUUUCAAUUGAUAAAUAAGUAAAGUCCUUUUUUAUGAUCAUGUUGAUGUUUAAUUAGAGGAAAAGUCCUUCAUGCAUCAUGUGCUUUUCUUUAAAUUUAGUUUCGAUUAUUGUCGAUCCAUCAUAUUUACAUUUUUAAUUUAGUUUUUUUUUAAUUUUUAUUAUUUUUUCGAAUUAGCACCAUCCUAAUAAGACAGAUCUUUUGUUACUUGACCUUUUUUAUGUUUAAAACAGUUAAUAACAAGAGAUCUUUGUUCUGUUGAAAAGACAGUAUCCAGCAUUAAAUUUUGAAAUAAUUUUUAUUCAUUGCAUAUUUUACUGAUACAUGUACAUAAACAGUUUUAUUCACAGUUCACAUAAAAAUACAAUUUGAGGUAACAGGUUUUUUUUCUGAACAACAGGAAAUUUGUAAAACCUUUAUGGAAUUUCACAUAACUUUCACCAAAGUCUUUUCUGAAAAUAGCAUAAAAAGAAAAUAAAGUUUUGAAUUUUUAUGAUUGUUUUGUUCAAUGCAUUGAGUUUUUUCAGUCAACAUAACAAUACUGCACUGACAGCUGCAGGACAGAAACUGUAAGAAACCUAUGAAAUUUAUAGUUGACUAUAAAGGAAAUGUUUUUUUAUUGUUGUAAGAUUGACAGCUAACACAUAAGUUGUCUAAGUGGCAAUCACCACAUUUGUCUAAGUGGCAAUCACCACAUUUCUUUAUUUGAAUUAGGUUCCUCAUUCCAUGUUGAAAUGACAAGCUUUGUAAAACACUUCUAGUAAAUCAUUCUCUCUAGUUAGUUCAUUCUAUUAGUUAAGCAUUGGCACAUUUUUUUUCUUUGAAAAACUUAUAAAGAAUAAGGAUUUUUUUUGAUUUUUCAAAAAUAUCAUUUAUACUAAAAGUAUAAAAUUUUGAAAAGAAAAGAAUAGUUUGGCAGGCAAGUCUUCUAAUGGCACUACAUCAAUAAAACCAUAGGAUUCUAAGUCUCACAUAAAAUGUCAGAAACAUAAGCUGCAAACAUCCUUAAUGUUUAUAAUUGAACUAAAAUAAAUUGUAUGAAUACUGUAUUGUAAACUAAUGCUGAUAAGGAAGCAAAUUAUGAAAAAAACUCAAUUUCUAGAGUUUUUUGUACCUGAAGCUUCUACAGGUAUAAAGUUAGAUUCAAUAUCAUAGUUGACUCUGAGCUUUAAUUGUGUGGGGGAAAUGUUUUUAUUAAAAUGUUUUCAGAAUUUAGAUGUGUUGUCAGACAUGAAUGUAAAUAAUCAUUUCAGAUAAUAUAUAUUUUAAUAAUAAAAAUAUUUGUAUUA